CUUCUGCACACAAGAACUCACAGGCAUUUUUCCAACUGCGCAGACAGAGGCAGUCAUCGGAAGAGAUUUGGAGUGCUCUAAAGUUACCCAACUCCCACUACUAUUCUAAUACCUCCAUGAUAUCCUCAUUCUCAAAAAUGCCAGUGAGCCCAGUGAAGUCACUAACAGAGACUGAGCUGAGAGUAAAGGAAAUCCUGGAGAAAUUAGAUCAGCUGAUCCCACCCAGACCUUUCAACCACGUGAAUACCACCACCAGUGCCACACACAGCACAGCCACCAUCCUCAACCCACGAGACAAGUACUGCGUGGGGGACCAGCUGGACAUCUUGCUGGAGGCAAGGGACCACUUGGGACACCGAAAGGAAUAUGGUGGAGAUUUCCUGAGGGCCAGGAUGUCCUCCCCAGCCUUAAAGGCAGGCGCUUCGGGAAAGGUGACCGACUUCAACAAUGGCACCUACCUUGUCAGCUUCACCCUGUUCUGGGAGGGCCAGGUCUCCCUGUCUGUCCUGCUCAUCCACUCCAGUGAAGGGGCAUCAGCUCUCUGGAGGGCAAGGAAUCAAGGCUAUGACAAAGUGUUUUUCAAAGGGCAAUUUGUUAAUGGGACCUCCCAUGUCUUCGCUGAAUGUAGCCUGACCUUAACCUCAAACACCAAAGGGUGCAAAUACUUGAAUGAUAGAGACCAAGAAAUCUUCUACUGCAUGAAACCUCCACACAUGCCUUGUGAAGGCCUAACCCACGUGAGAACAGGUCAUCAGGAUAUUUCCUACCUUACCAGCAAGGAGAAAGACCUCUUUGUUAAGUCCAAAGUGGGAGUUGAAAUAAUGAAAGACCAACACAUUGAUGUCUCCCAGUGUAACAAGAAUAAAGAGAUAAAAGAAAAAUGCCAAAUUGGAAUGAAGAUCCCUGUACCUGGCGGUUACACUUUACAAGGAAGAUGGUUAACAACAUUUUGCAACCAGAUUCAGUUAGAUGAAACUAAAAUAAGUGGCUGCUUGAAAGGAAAACUCAUCUAUUUCAUGGGAGACUCUACGCUGCGUCAGUGGAUCUGCUACUUACCCAGAGUAAUGAAAACACUAAAAUUUUUGGAUCUUCAUGAAACUGGAAAUUUUAAGAAACAUUUGCUUCUGGAUACAGAAAAACACACUCUGAUUCAAUGGAAGAAACACAGUCAUCCUUUUCUUACCGUUCAGCUCUACUCAGUGAUAGAUGAUGGCUACAUCCCUCGGGAAAUUGACCGGCUAAUAGGUGACAAGGACACAGUCAUCGUCAUCACCUUUGGCCAACACUUCAGACCCUUCCCCAUUGACAUCUUCAUUCGUAGAGCCAUCAGUGUCCGACAGGCUAUUGAACGACUGUUCCUGAGAAGCCCAGCCACCAAAGUGAUCAUUAAGACAGAAAACAUCAGAGAGAUGCACAUUAAGGCAGAGGCAUUCGGAGAUUUCCAUGGUUACAUUCAGUAUCUUACUAUGAAGGACAUUUUCAAAGAUCUCAAUGUGGGGGUUGUUGAUGCCUGGGACAUGACCAUUGCAUAUGAUGCCAAAGAUCUCCACCCACCUGAUCAAGUGAUUGGAAAUCAGAUUAAUAUGUUCUUAAAUUACAUUUGCUGA